CAGCCCUGCUGUUUACCGCCCCGCGGCGUUGCUCGCUCCCCGGAGUUCUGAGCGCCGAAGCCGGAACCCCAGAAACUCGCCGCGUCGCGCGGCGUCGGGUCGCUACCACCUAUCACGCCCCUCACCCUCAGACUCUCCUCCCUUCGCGGCCGACCCCGCCGCCGGCUUCCCCUUCCUCCCGCCGUCCCUCCCUCCCUCCCUCCCUCGCUCCCCUUUCCCGGCGUCUCCAGGCUCCCAGCAACUAGCCGCCUCCGGGCUGUCACGGCCCUGGCGGGCGCCCGCCGGGUCUCCCAGCCGUGCUCGGUCCCUCGCGAGCUGGGGCCCCUUCCUGUGGCCCGUACCCCAACCCCUCCCAGCCGCCCCAUCCCCUCCCUGGCCGCUGAGAGCAUGUCUGCGGCUCCAGGGGAGGGACCGUUUCCUAAUCUCAGGCCGAGGUUAAAGUUCUGGUCCUGGUGAGAUGCUGGAAGCUGCGGCCAGAGCCGCAACCCGCCCUGGAGGUGACCUGUCGCUUAUCGUCGUCGCCGCCGCCGCUGCUGCCGCCACUGCCGCCCGGCCGGGGCCAUGUUCGCUCUGGGCUUGCCCUUCUUGGCACUCUUGGUGGCCUCGGUCGAGAGCCAUCUGGGGGUUCUGGGGCCUAAGAACGUCUCGCAGAAAGACGCCGAGUUUGAGCGCACCUACGUGGAUGAGGUCAACAGCGAGCUGGUCAACAUCUACACCUUCAACCAUACUGUGACCCGCAACCGGACAGAGGGCGUGAGAGUGUCCGUGAAUGUCCUGAACAAGCAGAAGGGGGCUCCUUUGCUGUUUGUGGUCCGCCAGAAGGAGGCGGUGGUGUCCUUCCAGGUGCCCCUGAUCCUGCGAGGGAUGUUUCAGCGCAAGUACCUCUACCAAAAGGUGGAGCGAACGCUGUGUCAGCCCCCCACCAAGAAUGAGUCCGAGGUCCAGUUCUUCUACGUGGAUGUGUCCACCCUGUCACCAGUCAACACCACGUACCAGCUGCGCGUCAGCCGAAUGGAUGACUUCGUGCUCAGGACCGGAGAGCAGUUCAGCUUCAAUACCACGGCGGCGCAGCCCCAGUACUUCAAGUAUGAGUUCCCGGAAGGAGUGGACUCAGUCAUUGUCAAGGUGACCUCCAACAAGGCCUUCCCCUGCUCAGUCAUCUCCAUCCAGGAUGUCCUGUGCCCUGUCUAUGACCUAGACAACAACGUAGCCUUCAUUGGCAUGUACCAGACUAUGACCAAGAAGGCAGCCAUCACCGUGCAGCGCAAAGACUUCCCCAGCAACAGCUUUUACGUGGUAGUGGUGGUGAAAACUGAAGACCAAGCCUGUGGAGGCUCCCUGCCUUUCUACCCCUUUAUAGAAGGUGAACCGGUCGAUCAGGGGCACCGCCAGAAAACCCUGUCAGUCUUGGUCUCUCGAGCAGUCACGUCCGAGGCCUAUGUUGGUGGUAUGCUCUUUUGCCUGGGCAUAUUUCUCUCCUUCUACCUGCUUACCGUGCUCCUGGCCUGCUGGGAGAACUGGAGGCAGAGGAAGAAGAGCCUUCUGGUGGCCGUGGACCGAGCCUGCCCAGAAAGCGGUCACCCUCGGGUCCUGGCCGAUUCCUUCCCUGGCAGCUCCCCGUACGAGGGCUACAACUACGGCUCCUUCGAGAAUGGUUCCGGCUCCACUGGAUCCACCGACGGUCUGGUUGGCAGCGCGGGCCCUGGGGACCUCUCCUACAAUUACCAGGACCAUUCCCUCGAUCCUGUGGGCACUCGGCCACGACUGGACUCCCUGAGCUCCGUGGAGGAGGACGACUAUGACACAUUGGCCGACAUCGAUUCAGACAAGAAUGUCAUUCGCACCAAGAAAUACCUCUGCGUGGCUGACCUGGCACGCAAGGACAAACGCGUCCUGCGGAAAAAGUACCAGAUCUACUUCUGGAACAUUGCCACCAUUGCUGUCUUCUAUGCACUUCCUGUGGUGCAGCUGGUGAUCACCUACCAGACGGUGGUGAAUGUCACAGGGAACCAGGACAUCUGCUACUACAACUUCCUCUGCGCCCACCCUCUAGGCAACCUCAGCGCUUUCAACAACAUCCUCAGCAACCUGGGGUACAUCCUGCUGGGGCUGCUCUUCCUGCUCGUCAUCCUGCAGCGGGAGAUCAACCACAACCGGGCCCUGCUGCGCAAUGACCUCUACGCCCUGGAAUGUGGGAUCCCCAAACACUUUGGCCUCUUCUACGCCAUGGGCACGGCCCUGAUGAUGGAGGGGCUACUUAGCGCUUGCUAUCACGUCUGCCCCAACUAUACCAAUUUCCAGUUUGACACGUCAUUCAUGUACAUGAUCGCGGGGCUCUGCAUGCUGAAGCUGUACCAGAAACGGCACCCAGACAUCAACGCCAGUGCCUACAGCGCCUAUGCCUGCUUGGCCAUCGUCAUUUUCUUCUCUGUGCUGGGCGUGGUCUUCGGCAAAGGGAACACAGCAUUCUGGGUCAUCUUCUCGGUCAUUCACAUCAUCGCCACCCUGCUCCUCAGCACACAGCUCUAUUACAUGGGCCGCUGGAAGCUGGACUCGGGGAUCUGCCGUCGCAUUCUCCACGUGCUCUACACGGACUGCAUCCGGCAGUGCAGCGGGCCCCUCUACGUGGACCGCAUGGUGCUGCUGGUGAUGGGCAAUAUUAUCAACUGGUCGCUGGCUGCCUAUGGGCUCAUCAUGCGUCCCAAUGAUUUUGCCUCCUACUUGUUGGCCAUUGGCAUCUGCAACCUGCUUCUUUACUUUGCCUUCUACAUCAUUAUGAAGCUCCGGAGCGGGGAGAGGAUCAAGCUCAUUCCCCUGCUCUGCAUCAUCUGCACCUCGGUGGUCUGGGGCUUUGCACUCUUCUUCUUCUUCCAGGGGCUCAGCACCUGGCAGAAAACCCCUGCAGAGUCACGGGAGCACAACCGGGACUGCAUCCUCCUCGACUUCUUUGAUGACCACGACAUCUGGCACUUCCUCUCCUCCAUCGCCAUGUUUGGGUCAUUCCUGGUGUUGCUGACACUGGACGACGACCUGGACACCGUGCAGCGGGACAAGAUCUACGUCUUCUAGUGGGAGCCGGGCCCCUUGCUUCUCUCACUGGGCCCUUCGCUCCUCUGCCGCACUGCCCAGAGCCUCCGGAGUGCCAGGGGCGUGAGUCCCAGCCCUGCUGCCCAGUGCCAGGUGGCCGUGGGACAGCGAGGUCCAGCCCAGGCUUGGCCCGGGACAGUGGUGGCCUUGAGUCUUGUUCCUGCCCUCUGCCGGGGAGGAGGCCUGCCCCCCUGCAACCCUGGAUGUUGGCCAAAUGGCUGCUUUCUUCUCAGUGUUGGGGCUCUCCACAGGUCUCCGUCCGUCAGCUCUCUGUCUGUCAUCUGCAGAAGAAAGGAGGGAAGUGUUGCCUGCCCAUCUCAUGCCUUGCAUUCUGCCAUUCCUUCCCCUCCCCCCGGCCUGGGACCCAAAGCCCUUUCUUCUUCCCCGAGCUUCCACUCCAGGGCCCUGGUCUGGGGCCUGAUUCUCUGUGCUGCACCAGGGUUCUCCCCACUUCUCCUGGGUCUGCACCUGGUUACCAUCACUGCCCACUCAGCUCAGCCAGGAGGGAUGGGGCUGUCAGAUUGGGGGACUGGCCAGCUGGUGCUGGGCUUUUGGUGCUAAGGCCUGCGAGGGGUCCCAGGCAGUGCUACCUCCCACCUCUGACCUGUGCUCAGGGCUGGCUCUUUAGCAACGGGCGUCAGCCCACCUUGUCAGAACCACCUUUGAUCGAAGGACUGAAUUCAGAGGUCACUUUCGUAUCCCUUCAGCCCCCAGACUGAUGUUGGCACCAGGAUUGGAGGGAAAAAGCAACUCACUUUCCUUCCCUUCCUUGUUCUUUCCAGGCCCUUAGUCCUGCCAAGCCCCAGUUGGGGGCCUUUCAGUGCCAUUGACACUGCCCAAGAAUGUCCAGAGGCGAAGGAGGGGACAUACAAAGAGCCCAGCCAGCCCGCCUCCUCCACGGCCACGGGAGCCCCAGUGCCUAUCUUAGAAAGGGGCUCAGGGAAGGGACAUGACAUUCCCCUCUGUGUCCCUGGUCCAGCCUCACUCUAGGACCCAGGGCUGGCUUCUAAGUUUCCGUCCAGUCUUCAGCCAAGUUCUGUGUCAGUCACGCACAUGCACACAUAUGAAAUCUUGGAGUUUACACGGAGUUGCCCCAGCUCUGGUCCCCCCGGCUGCUCUGCGCCUUGGAUCCUCUUCGCCCUACCUGGUCUGUUCUAGAUGCCAAGGUUGGGGGAGGUCAGGUCGGGCCUCUGCCUUGGGGAUGGGAAUGUGUUUUAUUCUCCUCAGCUUGUUUUUAUAGCUCUCCUUUGGACUGGGGAGAGGAGGAGGGUGGGUCUGGAUCUUUUUUCAGAGCUCCGUUUAAUGUCUGUUUCCAUGCUAUGGUUGCAUUUCUGUUUUCUAUGAAUGAGUCUGCAUUCAAUUAAAGAAACA